GCUCAAGCCAAAGCAGAGAGCUCUUCUUCUUCUGCAGAUUUCCUUUUCUCUCCUCCAAACCACGAACUGAAGCCAAGGCUCUCUCUCGGCAUAAGAGAUGGAGACCGGCAUCGCCUGCUACGCUCGUGGGGCUUUCCUUCCCUCCAAGCAUUCCACUUCUCUUGUGUCUCCUCCUCCAUUAUCUCCAUCUUUCACCUCCAAGAGUCUGAAGUCGAGCUCGCUAUUCGGCGAAUCCCUGCGAGUGGCGCCGCCGCCGAGGUCAUCCCUCAAGGCCUCCAAGGCGAAGAACUCUUCUCUCACAACAAGAUGUGAGAUAGGGGAUAGCUUGGAAGAAUUCCUGAGCAAGGCUACUCCAGAUAAAGGGCUGAUCAGGCUGCUGGUGUGCAUGGGUGAAGCAAUUAGGACCAUCUCUUUCAAAGUCAGGACGGCUUCUUGCGGAGGCACGGCCUGCAUCAACUCCUUCGGAGACGAGCAGCUUGCGGUCGAUGUGCUCGCGGACAAGCUCCUGUUUGAGGCCCUGCAAUACUCACACUUCUGCAAAUAUGCCUGCUCUGAAGAAGUCCCUGAGCUCCAAGACAUGGGAGGCCCAGUUGAAGGUGGAUUCAGUGUUGCCUUCGAUCCCCUCGAUGGUUCCAGCAUCGUCGACACAAACUUCACUGUGGGAACCAUCUUCGGGGUCUGGCCUGGAGACAAGUUGACUGGGAUCACAGGAAGAGAUCAAGUCGCUGCGGCCAUGGGCAUCUACGGGCCCCGAACAACAUACAUUCUCGCUCUCAAAGACCUACCUGGGACCCAUGAGUUCCUUCUCCUCGACGAAGGGAAGUGGCAACAUGUGAAGGACACGACCCAAAUUGGUGAAGGAAAGAUGUUCUCUCCUGGAAACUUGAGAGCCACAUUCGACAAUCCCGAAUACAGCAAGCUGAUUGAAUACUAUGUCAAAGAGAAAUACACGUUGAGAUACACUGGAGGAAUGGUCCCAGAUGUCAACCAGAUUAUUGUGAAGGAGAAAGGCGUGUUCACAAACGUGACAUCGCCAUCUGCCAAGGCGAAGCUGAGGCUUCUAUUCGAAGUGGCUCCCCUUGGCUUCUUGAUCGAGAAGGCCGGAGGUUUCAGCAGCGACGGCAAGCAGUCCGUCCUGGAGAAGGUGAUCACCCAGCUGGACGAACGGACCCAAGUCGCCUACGGGUCCAAGAACGAGAUCAUCCGGUUCGAGGAGAUGCUGUACGGGUCAUCCAGGCUUAAGGCCGGGGUGCCCGUGGGAGCCGCCGCUUGAGGCAGGGAAGGAUGUCGACCCCGUGGCUUUGUAUUUGUUGGAUGAAACCCGAGCUACUUUGGUCAUACGAAUUCGGAGGAUAGUCGAAUGCAAAAAAAAAAAAAUGUCCAGUAAUUGCUUUGAGACUCAGACAUUUACAAGUUGAGAUCAUUAUUUG